AUGGUCACCCAGCGGACAGUGGUCGUUGGAGCGGGGCCUGUCGGCGCCCUUGCCGCCCUUUAUGCGGCCCAGAGAGGCGACGAAGUUGAGGUCUACGAGCUGAGAGGAGACCUGCGGGAUCCCUCGACAGUACCGCUCAAUUUCACAAAAUCCAUCAACCUUGCCCUUUCCGAGCGGGGUAUCCACUCCAUGCGGCUAGCAAACUGCCCCGGAUUGAUCGAAUCAGUCUUGAGUGAGACAAUUCCCAUGCAUGGACGGAUGAUCCACGGCAGCAAGAAUGGAGAAAACUACGAAGAAUCGCAAACGUACGACGUGCAUGGCCGAGCUAUAUUGGCAGUUGAUCGCCACAACCUGAACAACCGCCUUCUGGAUGAGCUUGAAAACAUGCCCAACGUGAAGCUUUUGUUCAACCACAAGCUGGUCGGCGCAGACUUCAAGAACAACAUUGCCUGGUUUGAAGACAUGACGAAAAAAGACCAGUCAGAUCCCUUCAAGGGCCCAACGACAGCGUCCGGCCACAGGGAAAUCGAGAUCAAGUUUGAUUUCAUGAUUGGCGCCGAUGGUGCUCAUUCUGCCGUCCGUUACCAUAUGAUGAAGUUCACACGCAUGGACUACACGCAGCAAUACAUCGAUACCCUCUGGUGCGAAUUCCACGUCAAGCCGGACACCACCAACACUUCCCCAUAUAACGGCUUCAAGAUCUCCCCCAACCAUCUACACAUCUGGCCUGGCGGCUCGUUCAUGUUUAUCGCCAUCCCCUCUCUCGACAAAUCCUUUACAUCAACGCUCUUCCUCUCCGCCGACGGCUACGCCGAAAUCGACGUCGACCCCGAGAACCGCCUGGUCCCCUUCUUCCAAACCCACUUCCCAGGUGUCGUGCCAGAUCUCAUCUCAGCCGAGGACCUAAAGCGCCAGUACCUCGAGAACCCGCACCUACCGCUCAUCAGCAUCAAAUGCGCGCCCUACCAUGUCGGCAGCUCAGCCGUCAUCGUCGGCGAUGCGGCGCACGCCAUGGUGCCAUUCUACGGCCAGGGCAUGAACGCCGGGCUCGAAGACGUGCGGACGCUGUACGACUGGCUCGACCGCUUCGUGCCGCCUUCGCCCACCAGCCCCUCGUCCUCCAAGAUCGAGGAGAGCCAGUACAUACUCGUCAACAGCGACGCCAAGGAGCGCGCGAAGCAGCGUGCGCGGGCGCUGGACGAGUAUUCGCGCUUCCGCCGCCCGGAUGCGCACUCGAUCAACGACCUCGCCCUCAGAAACUACCAGGAGAUGCGGUCCGACGUCAAGUCGCCGAUCUACCGCCUGCGCAAGGCGGUUGAGGAGUGGCUGAGCGUGUGGUUCCCCAGCUCGGGCAUCGCGACGCAGUACUCGCGCGUCAGCUUCGGAAACGAGCGGUACUCGGUGGUGGAAAAGGUGGUGCAGAAGCAGGGCAAGGUGCUGUUGGCGGGCAUGUCGAGUGUGCUGGUGGGUACGGUUGGUUGGGUUGCGUGGCUGGCAUGGAAGAUGAACAGGGUCGACGAAGGAUCCAAGAACGCCGCUAUCUGGCUAGGAAGAACGAUCAAGGAGAGCGCAAGGAAGUUCGUGUAG